AUGUCCUCUGAGCAGACCUUCUCCACCUCCGACCUCCGCAGCACUGCUCAAGACUACAAACGCGAUGCGGCGCGUAAGCAUAAGUGGCAGCUCGGCAGCAACACCACAACUGGCAGGGCCGCUGGUGGAAAGCCUCGCCCACACCGUCCUUCUGAGACCGACUACAACGCCAAGCGCCGCGAGUCCAAGGGCGCUGUAGCUGCUCUCCAGAACGGUGCCAAGGUCGCCCGCAAGCAGGACGUGCUUGAUGGUACUGCCAUUUCCGACGACUCCAGCAACUCCACCUCCGACUACGAUGAUACUCCCUCCCCUGCAGUCGAUCCCGCAGUCAUGUACUCCUUCGACGCCGCUCGUGGUCCAUCCCAAGGCAGCCAGAUCCUUAACACUGCUCUUGCAAACGCUGUUGCGAAAUUCGAGGAUCGUGAGACCGUCAAGCUGGUCAAGAACGAGUACGAGAUCCUGGAUGAUGAGGGUGAGAGCAUUGGUUUGACGCCAGUCAAGAAGAGCAAGAAGGUCAAGGCUCCGGCUAUGAUCGUCCCGGAUGCCGAUGAGGACUACGAGCUCGUCUAA